CAUUCAAACGUCCGCCCCGUCUGGUGUCCCGGCUGCGCUGCUCCUCCUUUGGCUCGCACCCAUCUGGGCUUCCCGAAAGCAUGUCUGUCUUGGACAUGAUUAAAGAGUUUAGGAGGAAUUGGCGUGCUCUCUGUUCCUCUGAAAGAACGACUUUAUGUGGUCCAGACUCCAUGCUCCUGGCGCUGCAGCUUUCCAUGGCCGAGAACAACAAGCAGCACAGUGGAGAAUUUACAGUCUCUCUCAGUGACGUCUUACUGACAUGGAAAUACUUCUUACAUGAAAAACUGAGCUUGCCCACUGAGAGCAUGAAAGCGGUUGACCACUAUGAAGACAUUAAGAAAGCAUACGAUGAUUUCUUGAAGAAUAGUAAUAUGCUAGAUCUGAUUGAUGUCUAUAAGAAAUGUAGCAACUUGGCCUCCAGCUGUGAGAAUACCAUGAUAUCCUCUAGCCAGCUGCGGGACUUUCUGUCUGGCACCCAGUGCGCAGUACACGAUGAGAGUAGUCCUCAGGUACCUGCAUCCCCAGUGAAGCACAGCCGGGAAGAUGAGCAGGUACGGAUACUGGUGAAGAAAAUUUUCUUUUCCUAUUUGGGCCUGCUAGUGAAUUCAAAGAAUGACUUGGCUCUGGCUCAGGUUCUCAACAUCCCUGAUCGAGGACUGGGGAGAGAGGCCUUCACCACCUUGAAGCAUGCUGCUCGAGAGAAACAGCUGUCCAUGUUUUUGAUGGCCACCUCGUUUAUUAGAACACUAGAGCUUGGGGGGAAGGGAUAUGCCCCGUCCCCAUCCGAUCCUCUGCGGGCACAUGUAAAAGGGCUAUCUGACUUCAUCAAUUUCAUUGACAAGUUGGAUGAAAUUCUUGGAGAAAUAAGAAAUCCAAGCCUGGCAGGGGGCCGGAUAUUGUCGGUGCUGAAGAUGCAGCUGACCAAAGGCCACAACAGUGGAGAUCCUUUCUACAAAGCUGUAGAGGAAGUUGUUCGGGAUUUGGAUCUGAGGAUUAAAAAUAUUAUCAGUUCUCAAGAAGGCGAAGCCGUCAGCACCACCGGAGUCAGUCCUGCAGCGCCAAAAUCUUUUGCCAUAAACCAUGACACUGCAUACUGCGGCAGAGAUGCUGUGAAAAUUUUGCUGAUUCUUUUGGAUGAAGACGCGGCCAGUGCUCCAACCAGAAACAGAGCAGAACUUUUAUAUAACGAUGAGAGCGCAGUGCCACACAGCGGGGCUUCUUUUCUCACGCUCUUCAGGUCUCCCACACAAGUAGAUAAUACAUCAAUUAAACCCCUCAGAGAGCGAAUCCGUAAGUCAGUGCAAGCAGAAAAAGUUAAGAUGAGGCAGACCUUAAUUAGAUCACAGUUUGCUUGUACUUAUAAAGACGACUGCACAAUGGGCAAGAACAGAUGGAACGGUAAUUUAUCAUCAGAGCCGGCUCAUGCUCUGCGCUUGGAAAAUGAUGUUUCUGGUGCCCUUUCCUCUGUUGGAAAAGAAAGAAUUGAAACAAGUUCGGAAAGUGUGCAUCAGGACAGAAGUAAAGAUGACAAAAAACCUAGAAAACCUACAGAAAAUAAAGUACCCAAAAGGAAGCAGGUGGAUCUAGACAGCGACAGCGUCCCCUGUGAUAAUAGAAAUGAACCGUACCAACAUAAACUUGUUAAGUUCCCGAAAGUACCCAGUGACUCACACAGUAAGGCUGGCAGCAAAGCAGCCCACGGAGCAAAAGGCAAUAGGGGCACUGCCAAGGUCAAACUGAUUCCUGGCCAGACCAAGUUAACUCAGUUUUUUAGGCUAUGAUUUUGUCAUCUGUGUGCUUUAGAUUUGUGUACAGAACACCAUUCACCAAAGCCAUGAGCUAACUUUUAAAUAUCAUGAUGUAAAUUCUGAUGCUUUAUUAUUUUGACAGAUGUAUGAGAGGCGCACAUGUUAACCGCUGUCCAAAAAUACCAGCAAGUCAGAAUUAUGCAGGAAUUUCAUAAAGUUUAAUGCACAAGUCAAAGCAUAUCAUGUAGGUUAUUACGUCUUAACUAUUUUAAAAGACAUUUAGGAUAAUGCACAGGUCACAUCAACACUAAGGGCUUCUCUCUCCCCUUGCAAUGAAUUGCAUUCUUCCGGAAGGACGGCGUGGACCAGCAGGACUCAGACUUGCCAGCAGGGCCGGUAGACUCUCCCCAGCAUACACCUGAGCACUGAGAGGGAACAAAUGAGCGCAGUUACCACACAGAAUGAAGAAAAGUUGUGGAGCUGUUUUAAUAAAUUCGGAAUAAAUCAAACCACAAUUAUGAUUUUUAGGAAUUUCCCAUUUUGACAGGGUCACCUGAACCCGUGUUCCUACUACACUUUGAUAUGGUCAGAUCCAAGUCAGUUAAGCUCAGAUCGCUUUUUAUAGAAUUAAAAUGUAGGAAUUGAAGUUUUAAAAAGCUACUCACUGUCAAAAUCUCUCCUUCCUAUGGGAAAUUUAGCUGAGUUUUCUUCAUCCCCAAUUUCUCUCUUUUCUUGUGUUGACUCAGAAUUCUGAACUCCAUUCUCAGCUGGAAAAGCUACUGAUCCUUUCAGAGCGAGAUAAGGUUUUAUAGCCAGAUUCAGUGGCAGACCAUGACUUAGGAGAUUCUGUUUGGAGCCUGGGUUCUGUAAAGAGAAGGUUGGUUUGUGUUCCAGCUGUCGUCUUGAGCACAGACAAGCUAAAGUACCGUUGCCCAGCAUGCCUGCGGGUCAGUUCUAAGGUGCUCUACACUGUUUUUCACUUCUAAAAUAUCCUCGAUACAAGAAACACAGUUUUGAUAAGAUGGGGAGGUACCUGGUCUGUGUGAAAUGGUACUAGUCAUCUGAACGCAAACUGUGAGUCUGUCGGCAGUAUUCCCAUUUAUAAAAUUAAAACACCAAGUUUAAAAGUCAUUUUCCUUCCUAUGGUAAUAAAGUCAGACUGCAUGGACUUACCUUUGAAUUCUUGUUCUCGUCGUCGCUCAGGAAGCCGCUGUCGUCGUUUUUAUAUUGUUCCAGUGAGGGAGCCACAACCGAUCUUUCUGCAGCAUCUUCCUUCUGGAAGGCUUUCCCCAUCCUAAAUGUAUUAAAUACCACGUCGUCUUCUAAAUUUCUUAUGGACUUGGAAGCUGAAAGUAAAAUACCUUGAGAAAACAAAGACACAAUCAGCAUUAAUAUGUAGGAAGAGAGACUCAUUUUUGCCGUCCUUAGUUUGAUGCUAGCCUAAGGCGAAGCAAGAACGUGUAAAAUGAAAAAUUUCGCACUUUGACAGUGGCUGAUGCCCUGCCUUUAUAUGUUUUCUGCUUGAAUAGAAAACACUUGAAGGACUUAUCUUUUCAUCAUUUGGAAGUGACUCAUUGCGGAGGGCCUAGCCUUUUGUAAAGCUGCUAAUGCCUGAUUGCUUGGGUUUUAGUGCCCUGUUGUUUAUUUUGUGUGUGAAUUUUCUCAGAAUCUGAUUAAGGCCUUUGAUAGAAGGCUUUCUGUUGAGUAGAUUAUAGGCUCUCGAAAGUGGGUUGUUAUUAAGGAAGACCACGGGACACCAGGCUCUGUUAAUAAGACUGUUUCCUUCUUUGUGGUUUCCGAUUAAGCUAUUAAAACACAAGUUACUUCAUUCACGGAUGAUAAGGAUAAAGUUUUAUGCUCUUUUAAUCCUUCUUAAAUAGAAGUUAUCUCCAGAAGAGUUUUAUUUUAUAAAUACUUGAUAUGAUCUUUUGUGUUCUAAAGUACAUACACUUGUCAGUAUUAACAAAAUAAACAAACCCAAAACCUCUUCACUUCAUCCAAAACUCAUCUGUCUGGUGUUUCAUCUCAGUUCCAAGAGGACAAUAAAUAUUUAUUAGUGAAUUUAGUAACUAAAUGAUAAAAAGUCUAUGAAAAAAUAUUGAUGGCUUCCAUAGAGAUUAAUUUUAGAAGUUUUAUGCUUUUGCUUUGUUUCUUAUUUAUUGAGACUGGGUCUUGCAUUGUAGCCCUGGCUAGAUUUAAAUCUAUGGCAAUCCUCCUGCCUCACCCUAACAAAGUCUGGGAUUGCAGGUAGGUACUAUGCUACCACAGUGAGCUUAGAAAUUGUUUCUUUUAAUCACACGCUUCAGACUUAAUUUGUAAGAUUUUAGUACAUUCUCAUGCAAGUCUUUGUGUGUGCGUGUGUGUGUGUAGUCUCUAGGCCAUAGUAUAUGUCUGUGUUGGGUUUUAGAAAUGCUUUUGUUUAACAGGGCACAAGAACCUGUUGCCCCUUGUUUGACCCUGACAGUAUUUGAGUAUCUCCUUAUGCUUUGGGGCUUUUCUCUUACCUGUUGUUCUAUGUGUCCUCUUCCCUCCUCCUGAGCUUUGAACCUGGGGUUGCAUGUGCUGGCCACAUGCUCUGUCACUGAGCGGUAUCUAUCUCUAACCCUUCUAGUUUUCGUUCUUUAGGUGGUGUGGCCCUGUUUAUCAGCAGGGCCUUGAACUGGAGUCGAGGCAGGCCUUGAAUUGUCAAUCCUUCUUAGCAUUCAGAGCUGCUAGAAGGGCUGCCCGACUUUGCUAUC